GCCGCCAAGCCGCGGUCCGGUGGGGUUUUUACUUCGGCUCUGCGUCUUCCUGCCGCGCGAGACCCGAGGAGGAGGAGGAGGUUGCCCCUCAGGUACUGAUGUUGUAUUAGCCUUCUUCUGCUUUGAGUCAACAUGGCGAAGAAAUCGGAGGCUCCACUUUCCUUAGCUGACUGUCUCUGCCAAAUUUGCAUGGAGAUCUUUGUGGAGCCCGUGACACUGCCAUGCAGCCAUACCCUCUGUAACUCAUGUUUCCAACUGACGGUUGAAAAGGCUAGUCUGUGUUGCCCUUUCUGUCGUCGUCGAGUCUCUUCUUGGGCACGAUACAACACCCGCAGAAACACUCUUAUCAACUGGGAACUCUGGGAAAAGAUUCAGAAGAAUUACCCAAAAGAGUGUGAGCGCAGAAUUAAUGGACAGGAUUUGGAAGAUGAAAUCUGUGUGUCCCAGCCACAACACCAGCUGAGCAAGCCUGGGGAACUGAGACAGGAAUAUGAAGCAGAGAUUAGCAAGGUGGAGGCAGAAAGGCGAGCACACGAGCAAGAAGAGAACAAAGCAAGUGAGGAAUACAUUCAAAGGCUACUAGCAGAAGAAGAGGAGGAACACAGAUUAGCAGACGAAAGGCGGAAGGAAAUGGAGAAACAGCUAAAGCAAGAUGAAGAGUUGGCAUGGCAACUGAGUAACAGUCUGAAUGAAGAUGCCAGAGGAAACAGGCUCAACAGUCCUUCGCCAGCAGGCACUCUCUCAUCUGAAACAUCUCCAGUUAAUUUAUGCAAGAUGAAGAACAGAUCAAGCAGCUCAGGAGACAUUCAGAAGUAUCUGUCUUCAAAGUCUCAUCCUAUGUUGGGAUCAACAUCGCUCUCUAGAACAACUGAAAGAGGCAGGACUGACUCUUGCUCUGUGGAAAGCAAUAGCAAUGAAAGCAGCAAUUCUGUGUGGCAAGAUGAGCAAGAGGAAAUGCCAACACUGUCUCCCCAGCUGACCAGUGUGAUUAAAGAUUGUAGUGCUAACGAUUCAUUUUUAGAAUCAUGCAUGAACUAUUUAAGUGCCUCAGCUUCAGUGGAAUUCACCACUGUCAAGCAGGAAAAAAUACCAGGACCAAACUGUGCAGGAGAUGAAGUUCCAUAUGCCAUUUGUGGAAUCGCAAAAGGGGAAGGGUCUAGAACUGUACUUCCUAGACUCAAAGGAGAAGCAGAUGGAAUUGAGUUGGACAGUGGCAGUUUAACACAUGUAGAAAGCAUAAAACUUGAAAGCUCACCUGAAACUACUACUUAUAUUCAGUCAGCAACCAAUUCCAUGGUGUCUGAUAGCAGAAGUAUAAUUCAUGGUCUCAUGAAGGCAGCGGGAAAACCAGAUGAAGAGAAACUGGAGAACCCUAAGGAGACCCCCAAAAGAAAGUUGGGGGAACCACUAGCUGAAGCAGUGGUUGACUUGGGCUUGCUUGAUAAGAGGAGAAGAACUUUUCCAGAAACUUCAGAGGACCAAGGGGAGCAGAUAAACGAUUUUAAUGUGCAAAUGCAGAAAGCCUUUGAGCAGGAGUUCUAUGAAAGGCGCAUGCAAGAGGAGCAGGAUAGGCUUCUGGCUCUGCAGCUACAAAGGCAGAUUAACAAGGAGGAAAGGACACUUAAUCGACGGAAGGGCUCUCCAGAUGAGUACCACCUUCGCACCAAACCACCUCAGACUGCGAAAGACUCCCCUACUAGAAAGGGAAGUUCUAAGGUCGUGAAGGACUCAAAGCUACCAAAAAAACAGGCUGAGACAAAUCACCGCAAGAUUCGGAAAGGUUCUUGCAAUGAAAACUGGCAGUCCCCUACCAGAGUCCGAAUGAAAUCGCCCAGCAUCAAAGGCGGGAAAAUUUUGAAUUGCGUUGUUAAUACCAGUGACUCAAAUGAUAUUUGUUCGUUACCAAAAAAUAAGCAAAAGACAAUCCUUCAGAUGUUUAAAAGAUCUGUUGCAGAGUAGAUCAACAGAACUACAGAGGCACGGUGAAAUGAAUGAGAAUUAAAGCCAUCGUAAUGCUUUUUCCUGUGUUAAGGCAAAACUUCCUGUACAGUUUUAAAGUUGAUGGUUUUGAGGGGAGUCACUUUGGGCCACAAGUGCAACCAAAAUUGUGUUGUGCAUUCUGAGAAGUUUUAGUAACUUAUGCCCCUAGACCUUAAGUUUUAACUGGUCUUUUCUUGAUUGCAGUUUAUUUUCCAGGACUGUUUUUCAUUUACAUAGUUUUGAAUGUAAAGGCUGUUUAAAAACUAAAAACUUAAAGUCUUAGAAUGAAAAUUUAGAGCCUUUUAUGGGAAAGAUGCGUAUCUGCUGGAGGAAGCAAACAAAAAACUAGUACACAUAUACAGCUGUCUGCCCAACUGCAAGGUUGAGGCUUCACUCAGCACAACCACAAUUUUGUUGAAUUGAAGGAAGUUGCUGGAAUGUAGAUUGUUUGUUGAAUGGCAUUGUUUGCCUGGCAUUUAACAAGUAUUACCAGACAACCAGUCUUGCAGACUCUCUCUUUCUCUCUUACUAUAAUACACUAUUAUCCUAAUUUUAUUCAAAGAAGAAAAACUAGCUGCUCCUCCCACUGCCAAAGGGAAGGAUCAUUCAUAGAUGACAAUAAUGAAAAUGGUUGUGGGCUUGUAUUUGCCUCAGUUCAUAGAAGUCGCUUCUGUAAAUCUGACUUUCAAGACAGAUAGGAAAAACAUACUCUUGUCUUCUUAAUUGCUAAUGUUCUAUAACUUUAUAGUUAGAUAGCAGUAAAUAUAAGUAAUAUUAUAAUUUCCCUUCUUAACCUGGUUUGAGUUUGAUGAAAAGCAUAUAAUAAAAAAGUAAUUAGACCAGGAGACAGUUCUGUUGGCGGGGGGGGAAGCCAAAAGGGGAAAAACAACUGAAAACUUGAGUUGUCAGUAGUGAAUUAACAAGUACAAUUAAGGAUUUAUUUAAUUCUCAGCUUUAGUUUAGCUAUGGUGGCUGGGUAUAACUUCCCCGUUUUUUUAGAGAGACUAACAAAUACUGUCUUCCAGUUGGGUUUAAAAAGUAAUGUCAUUCAAAUAAAUAACAAAUUAGACAUGCAGAAAAGUUGAUGUCUGUGAAAAGUGAGCUAGCUGCUAGUCAACAGACUAAGAGUUCCUAUCAUAUUUCUUUCUCUGUUAGUAUGAAACCAACUUUUGGCCUUUGUUUUGUACCAGUAGUUGCAUUUUGUGUGUUUUUUCUUUUCUUUUUGACUAAAUGUUUUUGAAGGAGAACAAAACAUUAAUCUCUGAAAAGUGUGUGUUGGUCACUGCAAUUUAGCAAAUGUUUCAAGUGUAUACUUACUUGGACCUCACUGAAGAUCGAUAGAUUGUUAACUCAGUUCUGGGAAACGUACAAAAAAAACUUCUGACAUUUUACAUUUUAAAAAAAAAAAAAUUAAACUGAAGUUUUCUCAACAGCAUGAACAGCCCACUAAGCCAAAAACAUGGGUGUGGGGUUUGUUUGUUUUCUUUGCUUGUUUGUUUCUAGCAAUUUGUAACAGUUCAGGAAUGGGUUUCUCAUAACUGGUUUAUUCUAAGAUGCUUUUUGAGAAAGUUACAACAGGCAACCUGUUAUAAAUCAUUCACUUGUCUUCUCUUGUUGCUGCCUCAACCAUUGUGCUUGGAAGCCUUUGUUCAAUAUGGAUCUGUUCCUGUGCAGUCCUUAAGGUUGUUCAGUUCAUUUUCUGUGCCACUUAUCUUACCCAGCUGGUCACAUAUAAUCCUCCGUUGAUUAAAGUGUUUCUUUAAGGCAGA